AUGGCGCCAGCUCGCCCACCGCCGGCUGCGGCCAAGACGGCGGCCGCAGCGGCGUCGGUGCAGCCCGACUGGAGCGACCUGCCGCCGACGCUGUUCGAGCACGUCGUUGCGCGCGUCAUCGACCUCGAGCCGUCCACUGCGCUGCCGCUCCUCGCCGUCUCGUCUGCCUUCCACCGGGCUGCCUGCCGCGCACUGUAUGAAGACCUCGUCAUCGCCGACGACGAGCAUGAGCUGGCGCGACCGCGGCGUCGUAGCCCGCACGAGACGCUGGUGCGAUGGCCCGAGAAAUACGCCACCUACGUGCGCGGCCUCACGCUCGUUGGCCGCCCGCCGCAGGUCGACGACGACGAUGAGCCGUCGUACUUCAGCUUUCUGCCGCGGCGUCGAGGCCGUCCUCUGAGCCUGGAGCAGCUGACGACGCUGGUAGCGAGUCUCGAGAGCCUCGAGUCAUUUGUCUGGUGCACCUCGCGCGUGCCGCCUGCCGCGCUCUGCUCUACGCUCGCAGCCACCAUCCCGGGCCUCUCGACGCUGAUCAUCCGCAUCACGAGCGAUGCAGUCGUCCAGAGAGGACGCAGUGGCAGUGCAGCAUCCGCAUCUCCCGUGUCGAGCCCGCGAGCUGGCUUCGACGACCUGAGCGCGCUGGACGCGCUCGGCAUCGAUGACUGCGAGGCUGAGGGCGACGAGCAGGCCGAUGGGCUCGGCGAUGGACUUAGCUCGACGACUUCACUGCGUUGGGAUGGCAUGGGACUACACAAGCUGCCGUGCCUGCGCGAGCUGAGUCUCGCGGCCCUGAGCGCCGAGGGCGCGCGAACCUUGACGCGCUCGUUGCCAUUCCUGGCGCAUCUCGAGCAUCUCACGCUCGACUGUGCCUUCGUCGACGACGCCAUGCUUGCCGCCGUCGCCGCGCACUGCCGUGGCCUGCUGUCCUUCACGAUGCGCACGACGGGCACAAAGGUGACGGACAAGGGCAUCACUGAGCUCCUCGGAGGCUGCGCACUGCUCCAGAAGAUGGAGCUGUCGGAGUGCGAAGGGCGCUUCACGCGCAAGCUGUGGGGCAAGCUCUGCGAGCUCGACUCACUCAAGAGCGUGCGCGUCGCGAUGAAUGAGGUUGGGCCGCACCACUCAUGGGUCUCGGACCACCUCGACGGCAUAUUCGAGCUGCUCGUCAAGGCCAGCAGCGGCCUCGAGUCGCUGGCUCUGCGCCGCCUCGUCCCUGCCGCAGCCCUUGUGCCGGCGGAGGAAGAUGGCGCAGCGGAGGCGCGGGGCGCAGGCUUCGUGCCGCGCGUGCACCCAACGAUGGUGCCACGGCCGCUGCCCGAAAAGGCACUCGACAUCCUGAAGGCCCAUGGCGGGAAGCUGCUCGACCUCGAGCUCGACUUCUUCGUACUGAGCAUCGAUGACCUGAAGGCGGUGCUAAGCGCAUGCCCGCGUCUGGAGAGCCUGCGCAUCUAUCUGGACGCACCGCUCGCCAAGGUGCUCGGGCUCUCUGCAGCCUUCAUUCCCCUGACGCAGCUGCGCCUCAUCGAGAUCAGCCUGACGGAGCCGCACUGCCCCAAGAGUCUCGCUGCUGUGCGGCACGUGGCCUACGGCGGCAUUGGAUCGACAACAAGCGGCGUAUUGCCUCCCGUCGGCUCUUCAGGUCCAACGGCGAGCUCGCCGCCUUCGCGCGUAGCCUGCUUUGACAACUCGCUGCCGGAGCUGAGCCCGAGCUCAACGGCAACGAGUCUCUUCAGCGUCGCCAGCUCGCACGAGGCCGUGACGCCGGUGAACUUUUCGACGAGCCCGCAGAGCCCGCGCAAGAUGCAGCGGCGCAUGAGCGGCGCCAGUGCAGAUGACUCGUCGCUCACCAGUGCGGCUGCCUUCUCCAUUCCGGGCGUCACCGGCAGCGUCGGCGCGUUUGACACCAGUGUGCCGCCGAAGCGCGAAGUGCGCAAAUUCGCACGACGCUGUGCCAGCCUGCAGGUGCUGCGCUGGACCGGCCGGCUGGGCAAGGGCGAGUGGCGCAUCAGCAACCCAGGCCACACGAUCGACUUCUUCCCCGCCGGCGUCGUGCCUCUGACUGCAGGCACGCUCGACGAGCCGGCAUACGAUGCCAGUCUGCUGCGGCGUCGUACGAGCAGCACGUGUGCUCUCAAGCCCAAGUCGCCGAUCAGCGUCAACGCCAUGCUCAGCGACCUCGAGCACGACGCGGCGCCGCCGCAGGCCUCGCUCGACGCGAUUCUGGACCGCGACUCUCACCGAGCUACGAGCGAGUCGCUGCAGCGCGUCGUCGUCGGCAAGUACAGCAAGGAAGGCUCGGGGUCCGACAAGCCUCGCGCUGCGCGGGCGCCGCCGCCGGGGCUCCAAGUCCUCAAUGGCCCGCUGCUCGCCUCGGCUCCUAAGUGGUCUGCAGUCGCUUCGAGCCCGCCUGCCAUCGCAGCGCCGCCUCCGAGUAGCCCGGCGGCAGUGAGCAGCACGAGCUCGCCCGCCAAGUCGCGUGAUCGCCGUGCGCCUACGACCUCCGAGCCGGCACGGAAGGCAGAGACGCGACAGACUGACAGCGGAUCAGCUGGCAAGGCGCGCCGAGCGGCUGGUGCCGCCAAGAAGGCUGCACGCACCAAGUGA